CGCUAUUUACAGGGAGGGGGCACUAGCGUAGGCAAACUCUUAGCUUUGACUAUCAAGCCUUGCUAAAUCACCGCUCUCUCCAAGGAAACAAAACAAUAUAGAAUUGGGUUGACGGCGUGCAACAAGCAUAGACCCUCUCUCGACACGACAACGCGCUUUCCCGUGGAAUGAGCAUUCCAUGCAGCAUCCUAGGUAUGAAUGACGUGGCCUGGCAGGAGACAAGAGGUGGGAUGCUGCAUGCAAAUGGCGCUCCUGAGACUGGAGGUGUCAGAGUUCACGGUGGCGGACCCCUAACCACAGUUGGGGGAGCUGGACAGGCUCCGGGAGUCCCACAUUUACAGGGCAUGGACAGGGUUGUUAACCCCACCCCAGGUACUCCGCAGCCACCGCUGAGCGGACGAUCUCAGGAUGACGCCACAGUCGGAUACUUCUUUCAGAGGCAGCCUGGAGAGCAGCUCGGAGGUUGCACACCCAGCAAGCAUCGCUGGCCGACCGGUGAUGCCAAUCAUGUUGAUCAGGUCCGUGCUGUGGAUGAAAUGAACUAUGACUUCCAAGCUCUUGCUUUGGAGUCGAGGGGCAUGGGAGAGCUUCUGCCAGCCAAAAAGCUCUGGGAUUCUGAUGAGUUGGCCAAGGAUGGAAGGAAAGGGAUGCUUCUUGGAGAGGAGUGGAGGGACAAUGCAUGGGGAUCCUCUCAUCAUUCAGUGUCUCAGCCAAUCAUGGUGCAGCGGCGACCAGGCCAGAGUUUCCAUGGGAAUGGUGAUGCCAAUUCUGUGCUUUCACCUCGCUCAGAAGGUGGAGGCCUGGGGGUGAGCAUGGUGGAGUACGUCCUGAGCUCCUCACCUGGCGACAAGAUGGAUGGUCGCUACAGGAACGGUGGCUAUGGUGGAGGAGAUGUUGACCAAGAUGGGAGAGAGAAAAGUGAUGUCCAAGAGAAAGUGUCCCCCUUUGAAGAGGACAAGAGCCCGGAGAUGAAGGUGGGAGAUGAGAAUGAUCCUGCGAAAGCCAACGGAAGAGGCCUGCUAAACGGCAUGGACAGAGACUGCAAAGAUUUCAAUCCAACCCCUGGAAGUCGCCAAGCUUCCCCCACUGAGGCCGUGGAGAGAAUGGGUCCCAGUCAGACAGGUUUGGAGAUGAUGGGACAGCACCACCCACACGUCCUCCAACAACACAACCCCGCCCAAAACAAGGCACCCGAGGACUUCCAGAACCAGGAGGCCCAGAACAUGGGAGGUAUGGAGCAGCAAGCCGGUGUGGAGUCACUCCAGUUUGACUAUGCUGGGAACCAGAUUCAGGUGGACUCCUCGGGGACUCCAGUAGGAUUGUUUGACUACAACUCACAGCAGCAGUUGUUCCAGAGAUCUAAUCCCCUGACAGUUCAACAACUCACUGCAGCUCAGCAACAACAAUAUGCCCUGGCUGCAGCCCAGCAGCAGCAUCUCGCUGGUCUUGCUCCUGCGUUCGUGCCAAACCCUUACAUCAUUAAUGCUGGCCCCCCUGGAGCCGAUCCCUACACUGCCGCUGGACUGGCAGCAGCAGCCACACUUGCAGGCCCCACAGUGGUUCCACCACAGUACUACGGUGUCCCUUGGGGUGUGUACCCGGCCAACCUUUUCCAGCAACAGGCUGCAUCAACUGCCAAUCACUCAGCUAAUCAGCAAGCAUCCAAUCAGGGACCAGGGCCAGGCCAACCACAGGUGAUGCGCACAGGAACCAACCAGCGACCUCUUACACCUGGGCAAGGCCAGCAGAGUCAGCAGGAAUCUCUAGCUGCGGCAGCUGCUGCAAACCCUGCAUUGGCGUACGCAGGGAUGUCUGGUUAUCAGGUGUUGGCCCCUGCAGCCUAUUAUGACCAGACUGGGGCCCUGGUGAUGGGCCCUGGAGCCCGGACUGGUCUAGGUGGGCCAGUUCGUCUAGUCCAGACCCCUCUCCUCAUCAACCCUGCAGCAGCACAAGCUGCAGCUGCAGUGUCAGCAUCUGGCUCGGGCAACAACAUGUCUGGUCCUCCAGCCAACGGGCUGUACCGCUCCAUGCCUCAACCUCAGCCCCAGCCGCAGCAGCAGCAGGCUCCCCCGCCCAGCAGCGGCCUGCCCUCCAGCUCGUUUUAUGGCUCCGGCUCGGUCCCUAACACUUCUCAGAGCAGCUCCCUUUUCUCACACACCUCCGCCGCGCCGCCACCACAGAGCUCUUCGCUGGGCUUCAGCAGUACUGGCGGCUCCCUCGGCGUCGGCCUGGGCUCUGCUCUGGGAGGCUUCGGCUCCUCUGUAUCCAGCUCUACCAGUAGCAGUGUAUCUCGCAGGGACUCCCUGUUGGCAAGCUCUGAUCUAUACAAACGCGGCGGGAGCAGCCUAACUCCCAUCGGACAGCCCUUUUACAACAGCCUGGGUUACUCCUCUUCACCCAGCCCCAUCGGCCUCACACCGGGUCACUCCCCGCUCACUCCUCCACCUUCUCUGCCCUCCUCUCAUGGAUCUUCUUCCAGCCUUCACCUAGGUGGCCUGACGAAUGGCAGCGGGCGUUACAUUUCUGCAGCGCCUGGAGCCGAGGCCAAGUACCGGAGCACCGGGGGGACGUCCAGUCUCUUCAAUUCCAGCAGCCAGCUGUUCCCUCCGUCUCGGCCCCGCUACAGUCGCUCCGACGUCAUGCCGUCCGGACGCAGUCGCCUACUGGAAGACUUCAGGAACAACCGCUUCCCAAACCUCCAACUGCGUGACCUGCCGGGACACAUGGUGGAGUUCUCUCAAGACCAGCAUGGAUCCAGAUUUAUCCAGCAGAAGCUCGAGAGGGCGACCCCAGCUGAGAGGCAGAUGGUGUUUGGAGAAAUCUUGCAAGCGGCAUACCAGCUGAUGACUGAUGUAUUUGGAAACUAUGUCAUCCAAAAGUUCUUUGAGUUUGGAAGUGCAGACCAGAAGCUGGCUUUGGCGACACGUAUCCGUGGACACGUCCUGCCCCUGGCCUUGCAGAUGUAUGGCUGCAGGGUCAUCCAGAAAGCGCUGGAGUCCAUUUCCUCAGACCAGCAGGUAAUUAGCGACAUUGUCCGUGAGCUGGACGGCCACGUGUUGAAGUGCGUGAAGGACCAGAAUGGCAACCAUGUGGUGCAGAAGUGUAUCGAGUGUGUCCAGCCUCAGGCCCUACAGUUCAUCAUUGAUGCCUUUCAAGGACAGGUGUUUGUGCUCUCCACACACCCCUAUGGCUGCAGAGUCAUCCAAAGGAUUUUGGAGCACUGCACCCAGGAGCAGACUCUGCCCAUCCUGGAAGAGCUGCAUCAGCACUCUGAACAGCUGGGCCAGAAAUAUCAAGGCGUAUCAUUGGAGAUGACACCCAAAACAUAUUAUACAGUGUCCCGCGAUGCACUGUUCAAGGAUCAAUACGGAAACUACGUCAUUCAGCAUGUUUUGGAGCAUGGCAGACCGGAAGAUAAGAGCAAGAUAGUCGCAGAGGUCCGCGGCAAAGUUCUUGUCCUCAGCCAACACAAAUUUGCAAGUAAUGUCGUGGAGAAGUGUGUGAUCCACUCCUCGCGUGCAGAGAGAGCUCUGCUGAUAGAUGAAGUGUGCUGCCAGAAAGACGGGCCCCACAGCGCCCUGUACACCAUGAUGAAGGACCAGUACGCCAACUACGUUGUCCAAAGAAUGAUUGACAUGGCAGAACCUGCUCAGCGCAAAAUCAUCAUGCACAAGAUCCGGCCUCACAUCGCCACUUUACGCAAGUACACCUAUGGGAAGCACAUUCUUGCCAAGCUGGAAAAGUACUACAUGAAGAGCGGAUCUGAACUGGGUCCCAUCGGCGGCCCCACGAACGGCCUCAUGUAGUCACAUCAACACCGUGAGUCCCCUGGAGAAGUGGAGAGGAGUAGGAGCCCCAAACCCCCCCUCACCCCCUCAAUCCCUGUUCUGUGAGAGAUGCUCCUUAGCCAUAGGGGUUAGCCUUUUGACACCCUCUGAUAUCCCAUUUUUGGGGGGAAUUACCAAAAAAAAGAGAAAAGAAAAAGACAACUUCACCUAAGAACGCUGUGACAACUGACCCCUGCCACUCUGCCACCCCUGGUGCAGGUCCCCAGCGUGGCCCCCCCGCCCCCACCCCCUGGGGACGCACAGUCAGCAGGCCGUUUCGUUUUUGUUUUCUUUCCUGGGUAAAGCACAAACCCAUUGUUAAUGAUGUAAUUGAUGUAUUUGACUGGUUUUCAUAUUAUCUUGUACAUUUAGUUUUUUACCUUGUAAAUUCUCUGUAGAAAAAAAAACAACUUAUACACAUUUGCUGAAAUUUACAAUUCCUACAAUUUAACACCAGCAAGUGAUUUUCUAAGGCUAAACUGAGUGAUCCUUUUAAAAGAAACAAUUCCAUUUGUUUUUGUAACCAGACUUAUUAUGUCAGCUGUUCUAAUUAAGUCCAGGCAAUUGAAUAUAAUAUUUGUAUAUUAUUAUUAUUAUUAUUAUUAUUAUUAUUAUUAUUAUUAUCCCAUGCACAGUUUAAAAAUGUUUUCCCAUGCCAAAGCAGCUGAUGGAUUAGUUUUCAAAUAGCACCGCAUAGUACGGAUGGAUACGCACCCCUCCGUCCACAGGUGAGUACUAUGCGUCCUGUGCCACAGUCACCCAAAGGUCCUCACGACCCGUUUGCGAGCUCGGCUUUGGGGAUUGGUGCUUUAGUGUAGGGUGGUGUUUUUCCAGCGGUGGCUUAUUAUUCUCGCCUCCUUUUUCCAGGCUAAUUGCGAGGGGGGGGGGGGGCGUGUGUGUUUACCCCAGCAGCUUGUCGUCUGCCUGAUAUAAUUGAACAGUUUCGGUACUAAAAACAUGACAGACUGACCAACCUGAGCUGCUGCAUCCUCUGAGCCCCAUUUGAGCCGUCUGUCCCUCAUCCAGGUGAUCACUCGGGGGGGGUUAUGCAAGAUUUAAAAAAGAAAAAAGAAGCUACCAUUAACUUAUAGAAGCAGAGCAUGAGGUUUGGUUGUACAGUGGGCGUGUAACCUGGUAUAAUCUUAACAUGAAAUGACCGUAGUGGGGAGGGGGGGAGUUUUUUUUCGUGGGGAUAGUGGGGUGGGAGCGGGGUUAUGUGUUGGCAUGCUGUGACAGGUUUUAAUCCUUGGAAUGAUUUUUUUCUUUAUCAUGUUUUCGUGUAACAUCUUAUCUGUCUUGUACUUUGAGAUGAACACUGCCCUAGAGACGGUAUCUUUAUGUACUGAAUAAUCAUCUCUUGCGUAGAAGUAGUUUAGUGACGUAUAGCAUCUUUAUGUACGAGUAAAAUUGUUGCUUUUGGGUUCGGGGGGCUUGAUGGGACCCCCACCGCCUGAAGGUCAGUAGUCCCAAAAAAAAAAAAAAAAAGCAAACGUGUCGUGAAGUGGAGCUUAUCCCGGUUUUGUACAUCUGAGGUGAAAUGAGCUAGAAGUAGUGGGAUAAGAAAGGGAUGUUGAAGGAACCUUUUUUUUUUUUAAUGGUUCUGUUUUUGUUUUUUAAAACUUUAUUUUCCAUUUGGUUGGGUAUGCAAGUGCAUUGGUGGAGGCCGGUGGGGCCAUCAAAAGCUAUACAAUUCACCUGUAAUGCUCGUAGUGACGGCUUCUUUGCUUCAUAUGAAUAAUUGUAGAAUACAUGUAGUAUAUGUGCAGUUAAUAAGUGUAAGAUUAUUAGUUUAAUUGAGAAAAAAAUACGUCUAGUCGUGGUGUUUGACAGGCCUUGCUCUAAAAAUUUGUAGUGAUGCUUUUAUUUCGUCUGUACAGUUGUACAUUUGUAAACGUUUAUGCUGUAAAUGGGAUGUCUUUUACACUUUUUGGGGAGAAAAAGGCAAAAAUGUGCAUUUUGAUGUGUGUAUAUUCAUCACUCCUUUCCCCUUGAAUAUAAUGUAUACAGUUUUAUUUGAUCAAGUGUUAUUUUAAAGGAAAAAAAAACUUUACAGCUUCACAAUCUGGCAUGUUUUUUUUUUGUUUGUUUUUAAUCUGUUAUGGGAAAGGCCAGCCUCUAUUUGUACUGGAGCUGUAACAUCCACUGUUGAUAGUCUUUCUGAAGUGACAGUUUAAAAAGAAGAAGGAUAAAAAAAAAACACACACUCUACUAAAAACUGAGGCUGCAUUUAGUCCUCUCUGCUACCAUGGAAACUUCACAGGAUAUGACAAGAAUUAUUUUUGUACAGAAGAGUGCUGUAUUUUGGAACAGCUUCUACCUUGUAAGCAAAAGCAAUGUAAAAUAUUGUCAAUUAUAUAAAUAUGAACAUAUGAGUUUUGUCACACUGUCAAAGUCAUGUACAUUUUCAGGUGGCCUUAUGUACAUUUCCAGAUGUUAGAUGAAGAAAACAAACUCAUUUUUGGAAGCAGAAUUGUGACUAUGUAUGAUUAAACUGUUCUUCUAACAUUUGA